CCCCUCCCCCUCCGAGUCGCGUCCUAUCUACUCGCGUCUCCCCCCUCCCGCCCCCUCUCCCGCCUCCUCUUUCUUUCUCCCCCUUUCCCCGAACAUCGCCUUCCCAAUGUCCGAGGAGAAGCCCCAGAUCAAGUCCGACGUCGUGUCCAUCAAGGUCAUGAACCAGGACCAGUCGGCCAUCACUUUCAAGCUUAAGCGCACCAUGCCCCUGCGCAAGGUCAUCGACGCCUACUGCGAGCGCAUGGGCAUCCAGAAGUCCGGCUUCCGGUUCUGCUUCGACGGUGAGCGUAUCCACGAGGACCAGACCCCGGAGGAGCUUGACAUGCAGGAUGAUGACAUCAUCGAGGUGAUGCUCAUGCAGGUCGGUGGCUCCAACUAGGCACUCGUGCUGCUUGGUUGCCGCCUUCCUCGAUGCAUUCCGUAGCCCGAUUUUACCCUCCUCGGGGCCGGGCUCUGCUUCCUUCCGCCUUUUCAAAUUCCCCGGCCACACACACCCUCUUUUAUCUUUCUCCUCCUCGUCUCUCUCUCUCUCUCUCUCUC